AUGUCGAACGAUGAUAGUGGUAACCACUAUGCUCUUUCCGCACACAUGAAGAACUCCUUCGCGGAUUUCACGCUCUUUUCACAAUUCUCUUAUUACGCACAUAACAUCACUGACAAAACCCCUUGGGGCACCGGAGAUUUAAUCCCCAUGGGGGCUUACGACUUCGCCUGGCCCAUCGCAUCCGAAGGAUUAAUACCUGCGCUAUCACUGCGAUACGGUGGUAUAGAUGCCUCGGGUAUCUCAUGGGUUGAUAGCGUCAUGCCUUAUGUGGAGUGGAGCACUAUCCUGAAAACGGUGGAAGACUACAACGCCAGUACUCUUGUGACAAUCGGGGCAAGCUGGACGGUUUUAGGCGCACUCUAUGUGUAUACUGAUGUAGGACUUUCCAAUGGAAACUUCUUUGUUGGGAACAAGACUGGUGAUGGCGAAGGAGAAGGCUACGGUAAUAUCUAUGAUGGUGCCGGUGACUUUGGUGCUAACGGAAAUAACGCAUGGAAUUUACGACUUAACUUUAACUUCGGCUAUUAUUUCUAA